ACUAGAUACUUUUUUCAACAUUCUAAAAUUAGAUGUACAAAUAAUAUUUCGGAAAAAUACAUCGCGUAUACGAGUACUCGUAAGAUUUACAAAGGAAAUAUAACACACACAAAAGAUUCGUCGGUUCACCGCUUGGGCAAGAUGCAUUAGCCUUGGAGGUCAAGAAACGCGUGCAGCUGUCGGAGGAGUCGGGUCGCAGAGAUCGCUCGCUAGUGGUGGGGUAGUUCGAACACGUGCGCGUGAGAAUUUACGUCGUCACGUAAGCGUGAGCACGUAGGUGGCUCGGUAGGUGGAAAGGUAGCGACGGGGCCAGCAUGACGAGGAGAGCAGAACACGAGAAGGCAGAGAGACCGAAGGAGGGAGACAGGUGAAACGGGGUAGAAAGAGAGAGAGAUGAAUAAGAGACGGAGUAGCGAGUGGGAGCGAGAAAGAGCUCGAGUGGAUAUGUUAAGGAAGAGCAGAGGCGCCAAGCCACCCUUGGCAAGCCAGGCAGCAGGCAGGCAGCCCCUUUCGCAAAGCACCCCCUAAGCCUGGUUAGGGGCGAAGGCGGCGAGCCGCGGAGGCCACAACACGACCGCCGUCCUCAUUGGUCGACGCGCUUGUCCUGGGUGGGGCUCCGGAAAAAUUGGAGGGGAGAAAAAUCCCCCUAAAUAGCUGUGGCUACGGCCACGAAAAACUAGAAUCCGCUCAGCCGGCAUCGAGUGCGCGUCGGUACGAUUUAUUUUACGAGUCCGCGGUGCGAAGUUGCGAUCGAAACAUCAACUCGAAUCUGGAGCACGGAUGAACUUACUUCGUUGAGAGAGAAAGGGGGCACAAAGAGAUCAUUUGCGUUUAUCGUGAUUAUCGUUUUUCUGCAAACGUGAGAGCAGUGAAUUAUGAGAAGAGCAGUGAUCGAUCGUGUUCGCCGUUCAUUAGUGAUUGCACGUUCAAAUUCGUGAAAAAAUCAUUGAAUUUCUCUUUUUUUUUUUUUUUUUCUUGAACUUUUCGUUUAAUUUGAGAAAAAAUGCAUCUACCGGAUGGUCCGGUGGCGAUGGAAACCUACAAGGCAAUCUACGAAGCUCUCAGAACCUGUCACGGGGAUUUGGUGCAGACUGGAAGUCCCUCCAUCCUAUGUUCUACACUGCCGUCCCACUGGAGAUCAAACAAGUCUCUUCCGGUAGCGUUCAAGGUCAUAUCGUUGGACGAGGUCACCGACGGCACCGUGGUUACCAUUAGGGCUGGCAACGACGAGAACUGUUUUGGUGAACUACGAAAUUCUACGGCCGUCAUGAAGAAUCAAAUCGCCAAGUUCAAUGAUCUAAGAUUCGUCGGGCGCAGUGGAAGAGAUUCCGCUUUUAUUUCAGGAAAAUCCUUCUCGCUGACGAUCCAGAUCAGUUCGAUGCCGAACCAAAUUGCAACGUAUGCUAAAGCCAUCAAGGUCACAGUAGACGGACCACGCGAGCCAAGAUCUAAGUCGAAUUAUCAAUAUGGUCCCGGAUUUCCCCCAUUGGGUGCCAUACUCAACCCCUGGUUGGAUACCACAUAUAUCACACAGGCCUGGCAUUUGCAGCAUCCUGCUCUAAUUAAAGGAGCGAUGCCAAUACCACCGCCGGAUCUGUUCAAUCCGGGCUUUCCGCCGGUUUUCUCGCCGUAUACGUUCGAUCACAUCAAAUAUUCGGAAUACGCCCUGACGUCUGGCGCGACGAUGACAACCGCCUCGACGCCAGCAACGGCCGGCCUUCUGAGGACCAGCCCGUCCAGAUCGCCAUCCAGUGGCAACACGUCCAGCAACGACUCCCCUGUCGAGGAGGUCCGAAGUGCCUUCGUGCCCCUUCGAAUCAACCCUCUGCCGCCGAGCACGUCCGCGUCGUCGUCGUCGCCACCGCAGGACAAAAACACGAAGAAGCCGAUCGAAGGCGUGAGAAACGAACUGAAGGCGCCGACCACGCUCAUCUCCCAGAGGCUAUCGCAAUCGGAAAGGAGUCCGUCGCCGACGAAACCAUCCACGAAACCGGUCUGGAGGCCGUACUCGAAGCCGUAGGGUCCAGGACAAACUCGUGCGACAAUGACAAUUCAAGUCCCGAAAGGCUAGUGAUGAGAGAUUUAUUCGUCUUCGUGUUUUAAUAAGCGACGCAUCUCUGAUAUUACGAGGACUGCAGAUUUUAGCUCGGAAACAAAUGGCGAAAUUUUCUUAGUGGAUCGUACUCCGAAGUGUUUUAGCGAGUGUGCGUUUCUCUCUUCGGUUUUACGAAGGUAGAAAGCUAUAAGAGGUCAUUUAAGUAUAAAAAGCACUGUUCAGAAUUUUUCAUUAAUUUUAUUAACGAACCUGAAUUUAUUAAUACUUAGAAAUUUAUAAAAUUCGUCAUGAAUUCUAUAAAUUUAAACAAAUGUAUACACAUCCGAAAACGAAUUGUAUAUAACCGUGUAUAUAGUUCGUGGACAAUAAAAUAGUUAUAAAGAGAUAAGAAUUUAUCUGCAUUCGUGUGUUCAUGGAAUUUUAUGUGUAAGUAUAAAUGAGUGUGAAUGAGUGAUGAAAGAGAGACAGAGACCAAAAGACAAAGAUAUCGAUAUUAUUUAUAAGAAAGAUUUACUGUAAACAGAGAUGGUAUAUAAUAUAGAGAUGCAACGCGAGAGAAGAAUAAAAUCGAGAUCUAUACGUCUAAA